CCUGGGUCAGAGGCGGCUGUUGCAUCCGGGAGACCGGGCUGAGCAGCUGCUGCUUCUCCAGCAGGCUCUGUGCCGGGAAGAGAUCUUCAUUAAAGCUUCCCCUGUGACUGCAACCAGCCCUGGGCUCUGCCAGCACCAGCUCCUGAGCCGGAGCCUCCAGGUCCCUUUGAGAGGCUCUGUCCAUUCUUUAAGGAGGUUCUGGUGAUUUUCACUCAAGGAGUCUGUGACUUUCAAGGAGGUGGCUGCGUAUUACACAGAGGGGCAGCAGGCUCUGCUGGACCCCAGUCAAAGAGGCACCAUGCAGGAGAAUUAUGAGUCUCUGAUACUGCUGGGUAAGGAUGCCUUUCUACUCAACAGAUCUGCUGGGUCUCCAAAGUGCUUGACUCUACUUCUGUCAUCACCUGUAUGAGCAGCAGGGAGAUCAGUGCCCUCCAGAGUGAAUAGUGAGCUAUAGUGAGAGAAAGUCCUUGUUUUAAAAAGACAGUGCACCCAUGCUUAACCUAUAAGAGGGAAGAUAGAUGCACGGAGAAGGGACAAGACUUACCUAAGAUCACUCAGCAGAGUAUUGGCAGAAUCAGGAAGGGAAUUUCAGUUUUCUGACUCAAAUGAAGUGGUUGGGACUAACUCUCUGGCUGUAUCUUUAAUAGAAAGAAGAUGUGUUCUUAGUUUAAAGACUGGGGGGAGCCUAAGAUUCUGCCUCAACUUGCUAAUGUGCAAAAAGUAUACCCUGCUUUCACCAGGAUUUAAACCCCUUGAGGUAUCUAAUAUGACAUAAGAACAUACUUUUUCUUACUUAAUGAAGAGAAAGCCUAUUAUGAUUGCCUAAUUCAUUCCAUGAUAACUUCCUACUUUUAGUUGUUUAUAACUUUAACAAACUAAAAUUUUGCAUGCUUUCUCCCUUACAGCAGAAGAUGGCUGUAUUGUCAGAGAGGUGUUUUUCACCACCUGUGCGGAAAUGCAUCCUGGUUUUGCCAAGCUAAUAACUGGAGAAAAUCACCAUUAUGGUUCUAGAAUCUGGAUUUUUUUUUGAUGUUUCAUUGUUUCUUUGGGGGAAAAAAAGUCCUUAGGAAAUUCCACUAAAAAGUAUGUCAAAAGCAUAUUAUUAAGGUUGUAAAAUCAAAUAAUGGGUACCAAAAAUAGGGUGUAAAAUUAAUUUAGCCUCCUUGUAUACAAUCUCAGCAUUUUACACAAGACCCAUGGCUCCUUCAUUGCUCAGGAGGAAUGCUGAGCACCAAGCCACUGACUGUUCUAAAGGGUCUUCAUGAUGAUUUUCCACAUCUAUUACAGGUUUACUCCAGUCUACCCCCAGCAAGGAAAACAGCUGGAUUUCAAGUCAUGGAACAUUUUUAGCGUAAUUCCUUUAAUGAGCGUAUAGCAAACUCUGAUCUCUCCCAUUUCUUUUCUCCUGAGUAGACUUUCCAAUUCCUAAACCCAUUGUCAUCUCCCGGCUGGAACUGGAGGAGGAGCUGGAGGUCCCGGAUCCUCAUGACUCCAAGGAAUGGGAAAUCUUGCGAGUGGCUCGCACAGGUUCCCUUUCCCCCCCAGUACAGGGAAUGUCUCCUGUCUGGAUUUUUUCUGUAUCCCAGCAGAUGAUGGGAUGGCGAGUGAAACAGAGGAGGAGACUCCUGAAGAGGAGAGCCCCAAGAUUGUGGAACUGGACAUGAUGGUGACAGAAAGAGCGGAAGAAGAUUUUUCCCAAACUCCUGAGCAAGGAGAAGCCUAUGAGAAUCUGUAUGGGUCAGGGAGGAUCCAGGGAAACCUCCCAGAGGAGAGUCUAGGGAAAUCCACUCAUAGUGUGGGAGAUUUCAUGGAAUUUAACAACAUCCGUGUCGGCCGAAGAACGCGGAAGGCAGGAAUGCAGAAAACAUGCACCGAAUGUGAGAAAACCUUUACAAGGCGGUCAGAGCUGCUGAUCCAUCAGAGGCUGCACACGGGGGAGAAACCCUACAAAUGCCUUGACUGUGGGAAGAGUUUCACGCGAAGCUCCAACCGUAACGCGCACCAGAGAAUCCACACUGGUGAUAAGCCCUAUAAAUGCAUGGACUGUGGGAAGAGCUUCAGCCAGAGCUCAGACCUGGUGAAACACCAAAGGCUUCACAUGGGAGAGAAGCCCUACAAGUGCACAAAAUGUGGGAAAAGCUUUAGCUGGAGCUCAGACCUGAUUGUCCACCAGAGAAUCCACACAGGGGAGAGACCUUAUAAAUGCUCUGACUGUGGGAAGAGCUUCAAUCGGAGCUCAAACCUUAACACGCAUCAGAGAACCCACAUGGGAGAGAGGCCUUACAAGUGUGCCGACUGUGGGAAAAGCUUCAGUUACAGCUCAGCCUUCAUUAAACAUCAGAGAACUCACACGGGAGAGAAACCCUACAAGUGCACCGACUGUGGGAAAAGCUUCUUUGAGAGCUCGGCUCUUAUCAGACACCAGAGGAUCCACACUGGGGAAACACCAUACAAGUGCCCUGACUGCGGGAAGAAUUUCAAGCAGAGCUCGUCUCUCAUCACACAUCUGAGAAUCCACACAGGAGAGAAACCCUACAGGUGCACUGACUGUGGGAAGAGCUUCAUUGUGAGCUCAGCCCUUAUUAGGCACCAGCGGGUCCACAUGGGGUAGAAGCCACCUGCGUCUUUGCCCUCGGGGGCUCAGUCUACUGCUCAGAAUCCUUUAUUUGAGGCUUCAGGAUCAGGACUUCAAAAGGUUUUGGGAAACCAGAGGAGCAGGUUGCUGGGAUGUUUUACCCUUUGAAGAGACGGGUAUUGGGGUGGCCAUUUAGGCUCUUAUUAUCAUUCUUUUGAUGGUUUUGCUACAGCCCAUCACUAAACUGAACUAACUGUGCAAAGAAGCAGCUCUGUGGGCUGAUUCAGGGCAAAGACUGUCUCUCACUAUGUGUCUAUGAGACUAGUGCAGUGGGGCCUUGAUCUCAGAUGGCUCUGUGCUACAAAAAUGCACAUGCUAAUGACAAUGAAGAGACUGGCCCUUAUUUUUCUCCCUUUUUCUUUUGGUCUCCUCACCUUCCUCCUGCCCUCUUUCUCUCUCUCUCCCCACUUUUUCUUGUCACCAGACAGAAGAAGAUGCAGGAGAUGCCAUGGUGGAGUAUAUAAAGGUAAAGGAGAAAUUCUUGAAUCAGAAUUUCCUGAUCCAGUCAGCAAAAGAAUCCUGGAGCCAGGUGGACUUGGGCACUAGUGUGUUCUCUUCCCAAAGGCGCUGGGUGGGGGAGCAGCAUGGAACGAGACGGCUGGCCAAGCCUAGGGAAACCACCGACUAAGUGUCUUCUAUGACUGGGGUGGACUUGAAAAUAUUUCUUGUGCAUUAGAUUUGGAGACCUAAGGGGCAAGUCUUGCCAGUGUCUUCUUUUGGACUGUCUCCUUGGGGCUCAGUGACUAAUUCCUCUGUGUUUUCUGUUGCUAACUUACAGAUGCCAUGUUUUCUGUCGCUAACUUACAGCUAGGAAGCACAUUUGGGUUCAGCCUCACAAUAACAUCCCCAAAUAAGGGAAUCCAGCUACAAGGCAGAUACAAACUGUAAUGGAAAUGGCACCAAAUUUAGUUUACCAUGAAUGGGUUAAAAAUGCAGGCUUUGACCCAUGUGCAAACAUAUAAGUAGGUCCUGUGGGCAUGACAUCUUUCCACUACAUUGUCAUUGUGUAAAAGCCAUCUGUGUUGUAACCGGGACCCUGGUGCUAGCCAUUGUGUGGAUAGGGCCCUGUGUCUAUAGCACACUUUUUCUUUUCAGGUCCAGAAAGAAAAACAAGUUCUAGUCUUGCUAAAAAGUCAAGUUUGAAGGCUGGAACAUCUAUAAACAUUAUCGUGGACCCAUAACAUGUUUGAUUUUCUGUCUACAUGGACAGGAAGAAAUCCUGUAAUUAUACAGUGGACCAUAGACAUAUUUAAACAUAUUGAGCUAGAACCUCAACUGGUUGUGAAUCAGAGUAGCUCUAAUGACUCCGGUGAUGCUGUGGCACUUGCACUAGUAGAGGUCUGACUGGGUGAGUCUGCUCUGUAUUGGGGAUGCCUGCUCCCUACUCUUUUCCCACCUGCCAUGGUAAAGAAUCUUUGUUUCCUGGCCUUGUGUGCAUCUACAGAAAACCCAUCAAGGCCUGCUGACUCAAAGGUCUGGUACACAUGGCAUACUACCAAGUAUCAAGUGUCUGUUUGGUCACAAUGGCACCUACAGCUCACUGUUUAUGCUUAUUCCUCAAUCCUCCUUUGAGCCCCCCGUUACAGCACACUCUCUGGCUGCUCUGCUGGACUCUUGAAGCCACUGGCAACCAAAACAGCUGACAGCAGCCAAGGGUGCCGCAGUCAAGUGCCUCUGGUAUGGCCAGAGCAUAAAAGUUUGCUUGAUGUUACAUUUGCACUUCCUUCCUGAUAUUGCACUGAACCCAGGAUCAGGGCCAAUAAAUAGAUUUAAAAAUGGUGGGACUCAGAUAACAGGUGCCAAAUGCCAUUGGUUGAUCAAUCACACUAGCUUCUCAAGCUUCUUCCUCUCUCUGGCCUCUCUCUGUUCAGACUGUGUGCUGUUUCAGGGGAUGAACCUUGCUCUCUAUGCUGCCUUUCAAAAGGUCUUUUGUAUUUUAUUUUAUUUUAUUUUAGCUUACUGUAUCUUGUUAAAAGUAUGUGGUUGUCUUUAAUGCAGAAGAAAGACUAAAAUCAACUGAGUUAUUGGUCAGGACACAAACACCACUAAAUAAACUUUUCUGGCCUGUA